AUGGACAACCACAUUAAUGGCGAAGCGCCUCUCGAGUCAUCGAGGCUCGCACUCGGAAAGAUCGCCGCCGAUCUUCUCGACAUCGCCCUCGGGUCGCUAGACUGGGACAAAUCCUUCAUCGUCCAAGGUGGUGAUUCCAUCCUGGCGAUCGACUUUAUCGUCAAAUGUCGCGAAGCAGGCAUUCACCUCGAAAUGGCAGAGGUCUUAACAGCGGAGAGCCUGAACGACCUUGCUAAAGAGAUUGAUGGAAAGAAAUGGGAACUGGCGAACGACCGCGAGUUCCCUCUUGUCAACUGGCGGGAGUCUGCUUUGGACGAUCUGGACAUGGGGUUACAAACCCUCGGAUUAAGCCUACAUGAUGUUGAGGCUAUCGCACCUUGCUCACCGGUGCAAGAAGGUUUCUUGAUCAGCCAAGCAAUCAAUCCUGCGUCCUAUAUCAGUCGUGUCUCUAUUAGGCUAUCGUCGACCUCUGCCAAGCAGCAAAGCCGACCCAGAGCAAAAGAAAUUGCCAGGGCGUGGGAGAACACUGUCCAACGUCAUGCAAUACUCAGAACGACGUUUGUGGAGAGUAAUGAUCGACCGGGUAAAUUUGACCAGAUCGUUCUUAAGGACACAGCUGUGCGUCCGCGCAUCUUGACCGGCUCUGCUCCCAGCACGGGCAGUACCGCCAAACCACUCACUACCCGCAAAUUUGACGUUCCGCAUCGCCUUAGUGUCUACGAGAUCAGUGCUGAAGAGCUUCAACUUGAGGUGGAAAUCUCGCAUGCUCUCGUUGACGGGCACUCGGCCAAAAUUCUGCUGCAUGACCUUCGAGCUAGCUAUUCGGCAGCCGGCUAUUUCUCAAAACAAACGCCGCCUCCCUACGCGGUGUUUGCAGUUAGUCAACAGGAUUCGCUGAGUUCAUUGGAGGGAUCCGAUGGUGCUGGUUAUUGGACGUCAUACUUGAACGAUGCUACCGAAUCACAUUUGCCUCUCGCGACAAGUCAUCCUCGUCUGCGUGACCUGGAAAUGGCUCGUUGUUCAAUAACGCUGCCGGAGGGAAAGCUCCGCGCGGUUUGUGGUCAACUCUCAAUUACUCCAGCAAACCUAUUUCACGUAGCCUGGGCGCUGGCUAUUCGACGAAUUAUUCUUUCUGACACCAUUACGUUCUCGUACAUCGUCUCCGGGCGCAGCAGCGCCAUAAAGGGCGCUGAAGCAAUCGUGGGACCCCUUGUAAACACGUUUCCGUGCUGCUUAACCCUGCGCCCGGAGACUACGUUGGAAGACGCGCUACAUAUGGCAAAGCGAGACUUCCAAAAUGGCUUGCCAUUUCAGAACAUCUCUCUGGCGGAUCUGCCUAUAUCAAGUACACGAUCGUUAAAGAAGCUUGGAAAUACACUUCUCUCGAUUGAGAGACAAGUCAUGGACCACGGCAUAUUUACGGAGGGGACUGCUAUGAGUAUUGAGCGGAUGACAAGUGCUACAGACUUUGACUUAGCGGCCAACUUAAGGUACACCGAGGAACGGAUUGACCUGAGCCUGGAGUAUUGGGCUUCGAGAGUUGCCUGGCCAGUGGCAGAGGCACAGCUAACAGGAUUCAAGGACGCACUAACUUUCUUAUUACAGGAAACAGGUAAAAGUAUCGCGGACUUUCCAAGUCUCGGAAAUUCGGACAAGCAGGCGUUACGUGAGUGGAAUUCGACUAUGCCGCAAUCUACAGAACGCUGCGUACACGAGUUGGUGCAAGAGCAGAUGACUGCUCAGCCCGCGUCGCUGGCCAUUAGUUCGUGGGACGGAGAGAUGACAUACGGCGAGCUGGAUGACGCCAGCCGUCAACUAGCUCAUUACCUUACCAGGAACGGAGUCGGCCCAGAGGUAAAAGUCGGUCUGUGUAUGGACAAGUCCAAGUGGGCAGUAGUGGCAAUGCUGGCCAUUCUUCGCGCAGGUGGCGCUGUAGUCCCUCUUGGAGUCCAGCACCCAGCAGCGCGCAUCAGAGAUCUUGUUCAGGACACAGCGGCGUCGAUUGUUCUAGUCAAUCGUGCCCAUAAGGAGCGGCUAGCAGCGCUGUCCAAUGAUCUUUCACUAGUCGCCGUGGACAUGUUCUUUGAAGACGGCCCAGCAAUCUCGUCUUACUCGUCCGCGGAGCUAUGCACGUCUGUGCGACCAGAACAUACGGCCUGGGUCAUCUACACCUCCGGCAGUACCGGUAAGCCUAAGGGCGUGGUGCUUGAGCACCGUGCCCUAGCAACCAGCAUACUUGCACACGGAUCUGAGCUGGGCAUACAGCCUAGGGACCGAUUGUCGCAAUUUGCAGCCUAUACCUUCGACGUGGCCAUCGCUGAGACUAUAACAAGUCUGUCCUUUGGCGCGUGUGUCUGUGUUCCCUCCGAAAACGAUCGACUCAAUCGACUCACGCCCUUUCUACUGGAAGCUGGCAUUACUAUAGCUACCUUAACAUCGACCGUGGCAGCGCUAGUCCAGCCAGACGAGCUCUCAACAAUCCGAACACUAAUCUUGACUGGAGAAGCUGUUCAACCGAACGUUGUCGACCGGUGGAUAGGGCACACCAUUGUAAGAAACGCUUACGGUCCCGCUGAGAGUUCAAUUUGGACAACUGCCAAUAAAGUCCCGAGUGCAUCAGCGGCCCUUAAUAUUGGGAAGCCGUUAGCGGGGGGCUUUUGGGUGGUUGGCCCUGGGGACUAUAACCGCCUUUGUCCCAUUGGCGCGCCGGGAGAGCUUCUCAUUGAGGGUCCAUUGCUCGCGCGCGGAUACCUUAAUGAC